CUCAAAUGUUCACUGCCACGAAUCGAAUAUUAUGAACACAUCAAGUGAGUGUGAAGAUUCAUGAGACUCUUUUCAUGUUUUUUGUUUUUUACGAUGUCAUACUCGAUUUGGUCACUUGGUGGCGCCCGACUCCCGUCUCUUUUGGGCGAAGAAGAGUCUCGGGCAGUGGGAGGGAAAAAAAAAGAAAAAAAGAAAAAAGCUCUUUGCACAGGCCAAUGUCUCCCCACAACUGUUUACUGUGACGUCAGUUUGCACAAGUAGCGGUGGGCCGAAACUGCGCGUCUGUGUCACCGUCAACCAGAUGGGGAAUAGAUGAGCUCCACUCCCUCAAACUUCCUCGGGUGGACGUCGCGGUUAAAAGUGGACUAAAAACAACAACAACAACAACAACAAAACAACAAAAAGAGCUCGACGAUGAACACCUGCGCCUUUUUGUUGAUUCUCAGCGUGCAUAUCUACGCCGAUGGAAUCGAGGGGCCAACAGCUGCUGGCUGCACAUUUGAAGAGGAUUUGGAUCUCAGUCUGUGUGACUUCACACAGAGUGAACAAGAUGACUUUGAUUGGCAGCUGUUUCGGACACACAAUUCGCCCUACGCUGGCUCGGACCUCCUGCGUGGAUCCUAUAUGUUGGUGAACUCCUCGCAGCAUGAAGCCGGCCAUUGCGCUCAGCUGCUGCUGCAGAGUCUGAGUGAGAACGACACACACUGCGUCCAGUUCAGCUACUUCUUGUACAGCCGCGACGGCCACAGUCCAGGGGCCCUGAAGGCGUACGUGCGUGUCAACGGCGGGCCGCUGGGCAACCCGGUGUGGAACACAUCAGGAUCUCACGGGAAGCAGUGGCAUCAGAUGGAGCUGGCUGUCAGCACCUUCUGGCCAAACGAAUAUCAGGUACUGAUUGAGGCUACUGUUUCCACGGCGCGGCAAGGAUACAUUGCCAUCGAUGACAUCAUGGUGCUCAACUAUCCCUGCUAUAAGGCGCCGCAUUUCUCCAGGCUUGGAGACGAGGAGGUCAACGCUGGACAAAAUGCAACUUUCCAGUGUGUGGCUGCAGGAAAGGCUUCCGAGGCUGAAAACCUCAUACUGGAGAGACACAAUGGGGAGAUUUUAACCACUGCGUCGGUCAAGCACCUGAGUCACCGGCGUUUUGUGGUAUCGUUCCAGCUAGACAGCGUCCAGAGGUCAGAUCAAGACCUUUACCGCUGCAUCACCCAGUCCUCCAGGGGCUCGGGGGUCUCCAACUUUGCUGAACUCAUUGUCAAAGUACCACCUUCUCCUAUCGCACCACCUCAGCUGCUGCGUGCUGGCUCCACUUACCUAAUCAUCCAACUCAACACCAAUUCUAUCCUUGGAGAUGGUCCCAUUAUUAGGAAAGAGAUUGAGUAUCGGGCCAGCCAGUCUCCAUGGUCUGAAGUGCAUGGAGUCAACAUGGUCACCUACAAGCUGUGGCAUCUGGAUCCGGACACAGAAUACCACAUCAGUGUGCUGUUGACUCGGCCCGGAGAAGGAGGCACGGGCCCUCCUGGACCUCCGCUCGUGAGCAGGACCAAGUGUGCAGAGCCCAUGCGUGCACUGCGGGGCCUGACAGCCACAGAUAUCCAGCCCAGGCAGUUGUCCCUGCUGUGGGAGAACUUGGCGUUCAACGUGACACGCUGCCACACCUACUCAGUGUCCCUUUGCUACCGCUACACCACGACGGGAGGCGGCGGCGGCCACAACACCACCGUGCGUGAAUGCCUGGCUGUGGAGCACAACGCCUCACGCUUCACGCUGCGUGAUCUGCCGCCCUACCACGGCAUCCAUGUCCGUCUGUCACUGGCCAACCCGGAGGGCAAGAAAGAGGGCAGAGAGGUCACAUUCCAGACAGAGGAAGACAUCCCAGGAGGCAUAGCACCAGAGUCGCUCACCUUCACCCCGCUGGAUGACAUGAUCUUCCUGAAGUGGGAGGAGCCUCUUGAGCCCAAUGGCCUUAUUACGCAAUAUGAGAUCAGUUACCAGAGCAUCGAGUCAUCUGAUCCCGGCAUCAACGUCCCAGGACCAAGAAGAACUGUAUCCAAGCUAAAGAAUGAGACCUAUCACAUGUUCUCCAAUCUUCACCCGGGGACAACCUACUUGAUCUCUGUGCGAGCCCGUACAGGGAAGGGCUUUGGCCAGACAGCCCUCACUGAAAUCACCACAAACAUCUCUGCGCCGACAUUCGAUUAUGGAGAUAUACCUUCCCCCUUGAGUGAGACUGAGAAUACAAUAACUGUAGUGCUGCGCCCCGCCCAAGGGAGAGGAGCACCUGUCAGCACAUACCAGGUGGUGGUAGAGGAGGAGACUGUGAAAAAAGUGAAGCGGGAGCUGGGGCUUCAAGAGUGUUUCCCUCUGCCGAUGUCCCAUGGCGAGGCCAUGGCCCGGGGCACCCCGCACUACUAUACUGCUGAGCUUCCACCCAGCAGCCUGCCAGAGGCCAGUCCCUUCACUGUGGGAGACAACCAUACGUACAACGGCUACUGGAACACACCUUUGGACCCACGCAAAAGCUACCUUGUCUACUUCCAGGCUAUGAGCAACUUCAGAGGGGAAUCAAGAAUAAACUGCAUCCGCAUAGCUCGCAAAGCCGCCUGCAAAGACCACCGCAAAGCUUUGGAGGUGUCCCAGAACUCGGAGGAGAUGGGCCUGAUUCUGGGCGUGUGUGUCGGUGGCCUCGUGGUGCUCAUUCUCCUGCUGGGUGCUGUCAUCAUUAUCAUUAAGAAAGGAAGGAACUACUACUCUUAUUAUCCGAAACCUGUGAACAUGAAUAAGGCACCCAUUACUUAUCGCCAGGAGAAGAGCCACAUGGGCUCCAUGGAGCGCAGUUUUACCGACCAGAGCACCCUACAAGAGGAUGAGAGGAUGGCCCUCUCCUUCAUGGAUGCACACACUUGCGGAACCCGAAGUGAUCCCCGCAGUUCGGUGAACGAGGCCAGCAGUCUUCUCGGAGGCUCCCCGAGGCACCCGUGCGGACGCAAAGGCUCCCCCUACCACACGGGGCAGCUGCACCCCGCCGUCCGAGUAGCCGACCUACUCCAGCACAUCAACCAGAUGAAGACGGCUGAGGGCUACGGCUUUAAACAGGAAUAUGAGAGCUUCUUUGAUGGCUGGGACUGCACAAAGAAGAAAGACAAAACCAAAGGGAGGCAUGAUACCUUAUUGGGAUAUGAUCGCCACCGAGUCAAGCUCAACCCUCUCUUGGGAGACCCCAAUUCCGACUAUAUCAACGCCAACUACAUUGAUGGCUACCAUCGAUCCAACCACUUCAUCGCCUCUCAGGGACCCAAGCAGGAGACACUCUAUGAUUUCUGGAGGAUGGUGUGGCAGGAAAAUUGUUUCAGCAUCGUCAUGAUCACUAAACUGGUGGAAGUUGGCAGGGUGAAAUGCUGUAAAUACUGGCCUGAUGACAGCGAGAUGUACGGUGAUAUCAAAAUCACUCUGCUUAAAAGCGAGACGCUUGCUGAAUAUACGGUCCGCACUUUUGCCUUGGAGAGGAGAGGAUACUCAACCAAGCAUGAGGUCCGUCAGUUUCACUUCACAUCCUGGCCUGAGCAUGGGGUGCCCUAUCACGCCACUGGUCUGCUUGCUUUUAUACGAAGAGUCAAAGCCUCGACGCCUCCUGACGCUGGUCCUGUGGUGGUCCACUGCAGCGUGGGAGCGGGCCGCACGGGCUGCUACAUUGUGCUGGAUGUCAUGUUGGACAUGGCUGAGUGUGAGGGUGUGGUGGAUAUCUACAACUGUGUCAAAACCCUCUGCUCACGGCGCAUCAACAUGAUCCAGACAGAGGAGCAGUAUAUAUUCAUCCAUGAUGCUAUUUUGGAGGCUUGCUUGUGUGGCGAGACGGCCAUCCUGGUGAACGAGUUCUCGGUUGCCUACAGAGAGUUACUGAGAGUGGAUUCCCAGAGUAAUUCCUCGCAGCUCCGUGAGGAAUUUCAGACGCUAAACUCUGUGACUCCGCACCUGGAUGUAGAGGAGUGCAGCAUCGCCCUGUUGCCCCGAAACCGAGAAAAGAACCGCAGCAUGGACGUUCUGCCGCCCGAUCGCGCGCUGGCCUUCCUCGUUACGACCGAGGGGGAGAGCAACAACUACAUCAACGCCGCUCUGGCCGACAGCUUCCACCAGCAAGCUGCGUUCAUCGUGACUCCGCACCCUCUGCCCGGCACCACGGCCGACUUCUGGAGGCUAGUCUUCGACUAUGGCUGCACAGCGGUGGUCAUGCUCAACCAACUGAAUCAGUCCAACUCCGCCUGGCCGUGCGUCCAGUACUGGCCAGAGCCUGGUCUACAGCAGUAUGGGCCCAUGGAGGUGGAGUUCCUCUCCAUGUCAGCCGACGAAGAUGUCAUCACUCGCCUGUUUCGGGUCAAGAACGUCACAAGGCUGCAAGAGGGCCAGCUGCUGGUGUGUCAGUUCCAGUUCCUACGCUGGUCGCCGUAUCGGGACGUUCCCGAUUCGAAGAAGGCUUUCCUCAACCUGCUGGCUCAAGUGCACAAGUGGCAAAGAGAGUGCGGAGAAGGCCGCACCGUGGUCCACUGCCUGUCCUGUGCCGUGGAAAUGUGUCACGACACAGGUGCUUUGUCUUCUUCUCCCAUGUGGUACCUCGCCCGCAGUAACGGUGGCGGUCGCAGCGGGACCUUCUGUGCCUGCAACAUUCUCCUGGAGAUGAUCCAGUACCAGAACAUGGUGGACAUCUUCUAUGCAGUCAAAACACUACGAAACUGCAAACCCAACAUGGUGGAAUCCCUGGACCAGUAUCGGUUCUGCUAUGACCUCAUCCUGGAGUACUUGGACUGCUUUGAGGGGAGAUAGCAACUAAAUGCAGAACAAGUAUCCCACAUGGUUGAUUUAAGGUCUCCUCGAGGCUCCUCUACGUCACUGCUUGGACCUGUGCUAUUGAAAGUACUGAAUUUGAACAUGAAUGAACAACAAUGUGGUUCAGAAUUUUAACCUUUAAUGUACAGCUGUGAUUGCCUUCUUGUGGUGAUGUUUUAUCUUUUUUAAUAUUUUUGUGCCUGUGUACUUAAGCUCUGUUGUGCCAAGGCUUUAUGUAGCCCAAAAAAACCCCCCCCCAAAAAAUAGAAAAAAAAAUGUACACUACUACGAGCUACAAAAUGGACCCGUUUUAUUGUGAAGUGGGGUCAACUUUCACCUUGGCUGUGGUUCAUUGUUUCAUUCAACAGCAAAGAGGCUGGAUACGGUUCUCGAGUUACAACAGCGUUUUCUUUCCCCUCCAAGAGCAAAAUAUACACACACACACAACAGCAGUUCACUGUCCUUGUGUAUUCUCUAGCACACCAUAAACUGCCUUAUUCUCUGACAAUGAGACACAAGAAGACGAAGCCUGGACAGACCGGCCGAGAGAUUUUCCAGUAGAGCCAUGUCUUUUAUUUUUUGUCGUAUUGCGUCAGCCACACAGAUGAUCUUUUCCUCGGACUUAUUAUAACUGUUGCAGUGCCAAACCCUCUGACUGACUUGAAUCCUCCCUUUACUUUGUUCUUCUGCUUUAGCUUGCGAUAUCUGCCUACAUUCAGUAUGAACUUCACUCCAUGAUUGUAUCUCAUGUCCAGUGGGAAAGAAAAAGGAGUAUGAAAAGUCUUUUCACCAACUGUAGUAGUGUAUACUUUUGUUGAUUAUUUGGUAACAUUUGGAUUUCUUUUCUGAGGCCUCUGCAUUGGAUUGUACUGCUGAAGCAUUUUGGCAAAUGUGGCAUGAAGGAUCGUUGUUGUUUGUUGUGGUGUAAAAAAUGACUCUAAAUAACAAAUACAAUCAAACAGUUAAAAAAAAAAAAAAAAGUUAGAUGAACUGGACAAACGUCUCCUGUAGUUGGCUGGAUUUACACCAACAUUUAGCAUCUUUAGUGCUAGCAUACACAUUACCGGUAUUCAACAACUUUAAAAGUUGCUGGAGGGCUUUAUAUGUACAUUUUAUUUUCCACGCAGUGCUGAACGCCAAAACAGAGUGAAAUCAACUAUAUCACAUUUUUAAGCAUAGUUUUCCAGAAGCGCUAACACUUUGUGGAAGUAAGCUAGCAGUUAUCGAAUCGAAGCUAGCUAACUGCCUUUAAUAGGUGUCAUCACUUCUCUGGUCAGUUGCUGUUGAAUAUGUUUGAACAUUUGUUAGUGAUGUUAACAAAAAUGGCUAAAAAGCAUAACAUUUCUAGAAAAUAUACAAACUUUUUUGUUACCAGACAUGGCAGCAUAAAAUGGGAACGUUACAUUUCGACAUAGUUGAAAUCCCAUCACCAGUAAUUUUAUACAAAUUAUAUUAAAACAGCGGAAGAGUCACUGGUAAAAAUGGUAUGACAUGUCUGAUACACAUUAAAAAGACAUGAAUGCACCAGGAGGGUAUUAUUCUCACUUUUCCUCAUAUUUUCCUCCAAACGCAGAUAAAAUGUUAUCCGUUACCCCCCCAUUAUCAUCCAUCAUCACCCUUUAAAAUGCUCUGGCUAGCAUAUCUCCCGAAACAGCAUAAAGAGCAGCUUUUUCCUGGAUGUGUCCUAAUAGAGCUCUGAAAGCCACAGAAACUGACAAAAGGCAGCAAGGUGAACAUUUUGCAGCUGCACGGAAGCAAAAUAAUGUGCCCAUCAUGGCACUCACACAAAGACAAUGGAAGGAGAAUGAGGUAGCUACUGUUUAGCCAGCGAUCAAAACGUACUGUACACGAUCGCUGGAUUAAAGCAGCAAGUGCCUGAAUACUUUUUUUGCGGCGGGUGGCGAGAACGUGUAUAUACAGUUGUACAUUAUAUGAUGUGAAUACGAUACUAUGUUUGCCCAAUUGUGACUACUCCAUAACCACAAAGUUGAAUGUCCUGUAAAUGACAUUUUUCUGAGUUAAUCUGCGGUUUUAACAACCACGUCCAUUCGGGUGCAGCAUGUUUAACUCCUAGGUCACCCCCCCCCCCCAAAAAAAAAAAAAAAAACAAGCCCCCCCACCCAGCAGCUCCUCCCACCAUGUGAGUGCACUGUACUUUUGCCAUUCCUCAGCUUUUAAUGACAACUGCGCUCCGACUGCCAUGAGAGUUCUGUUGACUUCACCUGUUUUCUGUAUGAACCAAUGAUACAUGACUACUGUGUUUCUGAGCAUUGUGUUUGUGAAGAAAAGUGUGUAUUUACAUGGCGAGAUGGACAAGAAGAGGAACUUUAACAAUAAAAAAAAAAAAAAAAAACAAGGUGGGGAAAGAAGUGUCAACUUAUCAUUGCAUGUCAAUUCAGGGGCUUUAUAAUUGAUUUGUCAGUAGAAGAAAGAGCAGGACAUACCUCCUACUGUUAGUCUUUUAGCCUCGCUAUGGUUUCUCCUGCGGAUGUGAUUCAGAGCCUCCUUGAAGCAUCAACAUUUGAUCUCCCUCUUUCUCAUUCCCCACCUCUGCCAAGAGUGAAAGGAAGCAGUUUUGAUCACAGUUUGUGGCAAGAAUCAAUUAGAUUAUGCCUGGAUCUUGAUUUUAUACUUUUAGCUGUUUUUUUUUUAAUUAUUAUUAUUAUUUGUCUGCAUGUAUAUGGUUUAUGCAGAUAUAUAUGCUGUAUUUUAAAGUAUUUAGAAAUA